UGUCAGAACAAGGGCCAGCACAAAAGCAAUACAAAACAUUGUUCUUCGCAAAAACAGGUUUUAAAAAUCAGCAGGCUGCAGCGAGAUACUUGCUCGAACAUCACUAGCACUGUACUGUAGCUUGUCUCGUAUCAAUUGAAGAAAAAGUGUGCUUCUGUUCAAAGCAGCCACGACACCACAAGAAAACAAUGAGUGAGCUCAAAAAAAGGAAGAAAAAAUCCAAAGAGGAAAUCGCGAAAGAGUUCGAUUUGCCCGAAAGAAAAAGUAAAAUUGCCACCAUUUACAAGCAAGAUGGACAAGCCUAUUGCCUAUGCAGAUCGUCCGAUUCAUCGCGGUUCAUGAUAUGCUGCGAUGCGUGCGAGGAAUGGUAUCACGGAGAUUGUAUAAAUGUGUCGGAAAAGGAAGCCAAACACAUCAAACAUUACUACUGCCAGCGAUGCAAGGAAGAAGAUCCCUCGCUGCAGACAGUGUUCCGGUUAGUUCCGGUUGCCGGCCCGACACCGAUUCCGGAGGAAAAGAAGCCUCCGAAGAAGAGGAAAGAAAAACCGACCGGCAGUUCGUCGGAAAAGCGUUGCGGUAACUGUGACGGUUGUCUGGCCGAGAACUGUGGUAACUGUGACGGAUGUUUGGAUCACACGAAACAUGGCCGCAAGCAGCGAUGCGAGAUGCGCAUCUGUAGCAAUUCAAGCAGCGCACGAAAAAAGGAUCGAGCCGCAGUGAAAGCGGCUGGCCGAAACAAACGAAGGAAACGAUCGCUUACGCCAGAAGUGAUCCGAAACCCGGCACUGGAAGGUGAUCGGCAGUGUUUCGGUCCCGGGUGCAUUAUGACGGCAAGGCCCCAGUCAAAGUACUGUUCGGAUGAGUGCGGCAUGAAGCUAGCCACGAGCCGCAUUUACCAGGUGCUGCCGCAGCGCAUCCAAGAAUGGUCGCUAAGCCCGGCUGUUGGUGAGGAGCAAAACAAAAAAGCGCUCGAAUCGAUACGCAUGAAGCAGGCGGUUGUGCGUGCCACACUGGCCGAGCUUGAUAAGCGCCAUGCGGAGCUGGAUCUGUUGGUGGAGCGAGCGAAGCGAUGCACGCUGGAUCCGAAUGCGUUAGAAAAUACGGACAUGGAGGACGAAAUGUCCAUGUACUGUAUAACUUGUGGUCACGAAAUUCAUUCGAAAACUGCCAUUCGGCACAUGGAAAAGUGCUUCAACAAGUACGAAAGCCAGGCAAGCUUCGGCAGCAUCUUCAAGACGCGAAUCGAUGGCAAUUCGAUGUUUUGCGAUUUCUACAAUCCGGCCAGCAAGACCUACUGCAAGCGGCUGCGUGUGCUGUGCCCAGAACACUGCAAGGAUCCCAAAAUUAGCGACACCGACGUGUGCGGCUGUCCCUUGGUACGAAAUGUAUUUCAACUGACGGGAGAAUUUUGCCGGGCGCCAAAAAAGUCCUGCUUCAAGCAUUACGUGUGGGAAAAAAUACGACGUGCUGAAAUAGAUCUCGAACGUGUGCGGCAGUGGCUGAAAAUGGAUGAGCUGGUCGAACAGGAGCGACAAAUUCGCCAGGCAAUGGCAUCUCGGGCCGGAGUGCUAGGACUCAUGCUGCACUCGACGUACAAUCACGAUAUCAUGGAGAAGUUGUGCACGGGCAAAUUUUAAGUUCAAACACAUGGUCUGGUAAGGUAAGUAGGGUAAACAAUACACGUGAAUUGUCGUUUCUGGUUCCUUUUCCAUACGCAUGCACAUACCUCGGCAUAACGAUGAUGAAGUAGGCAAGGCACAUGUAUUGUAUCUCUGUCAUAUAAGGCAGAUACAUCGGCAACUGGACGGAAACAACAACAGCACAUACAUAACAAACGACCUUCAACUUUACUUAGACCUUGACUAAGCUAGCGCUGUGGUGAAAGUCUUAAUUUGUCUGGAUUAAAUAAUUAAAAGUUAAUGACGAUCAAUUGGGGAACGCAAACCCGCUAAAACUAAAGUAUCAUUUUGAGAAGGCAAGCAUAAAUACGCAACGAAAUAUUGCAACAAAAAAAAAGCAAACUAGUAGGUGAAAAAGGAAGAGAUACGCAGUAUGUAAAUACAUCUGAUUUCAAUACUUA